GAACACGGCUGACCUCUGCUACACACCGAGGGUGUUGUUCCCUUAUGCCAUAUACAGUCAAUGUUUCGUCAGUCGUAAAGAGCAUCAGCAGAGUAAGAAUACCAGUUCAGAGAUUGCUGUGAGGAAAUAAUGGAUGUGUUGACGGAGGGUUCCCCCUGCUGUAGUGUGUCAAGUUAUCUGCUACUUGGUGCCAUCAGUCUGGGGCUGUAUUUCAUCUAUACUAAGGUGGUGAACAGGGAGUCCUGGGAGAAGUAUGGCGUCAAGCACAUCAGCAUGACUAGAGUUAUCUUUGAGGAUUUCAGGAAAGCAGUGACGGAUAUAAUUUUAAAAGAGGGCGACACGGUUGGCUUGAACAUUGGCGGGCUGAUGCUGGUGACCCGCGACCUUGACAUUCUGAGAAAUGUCAUGGUCAAGGAUUUCAAUAACUUCGUGGACAGGUCCAUCCUCAUCGUGUCCAACUCACCUCUAGAGAAAGGUUUGUUCUUCCUCAACGGCCAGGAUUGGAGGAGAAUCCGUCACGUGACCACGCCCUCUUUCAGCACAGGAAAGCUGAAACUGGUUACCGACUUCAUCCACGAGUCGUCCCUCAAGCUGUCACGUGUGUUGGAAGACCACGCCCGCGAGGGCAAGCUUGUGCCCAUCAAGACCAUCACCGGCCAGUUCACCAGCGAGAUCAUCGCGAGAACGGCCUUCAGCCUCAAUACGGACUGCCUGGGGAAGGCAGAUGACGAGUUCACCAACUACGCUAAGAACGUUUUCAAGGUCAACAGCAAGUUCAUGAACCUGAUCAUGUUGAUACUGUUUCAAGCCAGGAGACUGCACACAUUUUUAGUUAAGAAAUGUAAACUCCAGAUGUUUGACAGCGUUGACGGGAAGGCCGACGAGUAUUUCCAGUCCAUCCUCCAUCGGACCGUUGAAGACAGGAAACAGGCGGAACUAACAGGGAGGAAGACACCGUCAGAUCUACUGCACAAUCUGCUGACCGCUAAGAAGGCUGGUGACAAGAUGGCCGCGGACAAGAUGGACGACAGCACGGAAGCUGCUGGCGACUCCUGGGAUAGGAUACCAAAGACCAUGUCGUACGAGGAACUACUCGGCCAGUCCAUGCUCAUCAUCUUCGCUGGGUUCGACACCACGGCCACCACACUACAAAUGUGCUGUUACCUGUUGGCCAAGUACCCGGAUAUACAGGAGAAAGUAUAUGAAGAGAUCCAGAGAGUUGUCAAGUCUGACCACCCUACGUACGAGGAAGCAUCUCAGUUAACAUACAUGGAGCAGGUCAUCAACGAGACCCUCCGUCUCCACCCUCCCGCCCCCAUCAUCACAAGAAAAGCCGCAGAAACCAGACAAUACAACGGCGUCACCAUCCCAAAAGACGCAGGAGUCAUCAUCCCCCUUGACCUGAUCAUGAAAGACCCGAAACAUUUCCCGGAUCCGGAAAAAUUCGACCCGGAGCGGUUUUCUGAUGAAAAUAAAGCCGCGAGAGAUGCGAUGUCUUUUGUUCCAUUCGGCUACGGACCUAGACAAUGUAUAGGCAUGCGGUUGGCGUACCUGGAGCUGAAGCUUGGACUGGUUCAGAUCGUCAGGAGGGUGAGGUUCGAGCUGAACGAGAGAACGGAGCCGACACCUGACGGGGAAAUCAAUAGCAAGUUCCAGGGGUUUGUGGUUCUAGACAAGCCUAUCAUGCUGGAGGCUCGGCUCAGGGAGUAGCCGACGUCUGUAGAGUGGUGGUGGGGGGGGAGCAGUUGGUUAAGCACUCUUUUACUUAGUUAACACAGCAGAAGGGUGUUCUAUUACAGCAGGGGUAGGGGUCCUGGAUGCGGUUAUUGAAGUCGUAUUCACAUAAGGUCUAGAACACGAGUGGGUUAACGAAAUGGUGUUAUUGCUCAACUACAUAGUAUACUAGCCUAACACGUUUUCCAGGAGAAUCCAAAAGCAAUGAAUAUAAAAAAAAUUAACGUUUUUCCAGCUACAGUAAAGCCAUAAAGAAAGCAUAACGUGAUAUAUUUUGCUAAAAAGGUCCAAAUCUUGCAGCAUGGCCAUCAAUGAACGAACCUAUUCACAAGCUCGUAAUUAGUUAUUUUUAGUCUUUAACUGCUCAACAAAUUUUAACAACUCGAAAUCUUCUGUCGUUCUAUGCAAUAUUGACCUGCAGAUUUAAAGUAUAUUGUUUUUGAUGCCAUAGCUUUAUGUAAAUACAAAUUGUAAAUAAAAAAUUAAAAUUUGAUUAGUAGAGUCACAAGGCGCGGGCUGGGCUGCGAACCACACCGAGCGACACCAUCUAAGAGGGUGACACCAAAAUGAAAUAUUGCUAAUUAUAAUAAAAACUCCGCGUUUUACGGUUUGUUUAGUAUAAUAAAAUAUACCAUCCGGUACAGGGUGACACCAAAUUGCCUUAAUUUAAGUAUAGCAUACAUGUAAUAGUUGAUGAAGGCGGGAUAACACUGUAUAACCACAAUGGGUAGCACACGACCUAGUGACGCCACUGAACUUGAUGAAGAUUCGGUUAUGUAAAAGCUACUGGAAAUCUACAAAAGAAGCAUUUGUUUAUUUUAUACAAAUUAAACUUGUUACU